AUGCGAGAAUGCCUCGGUGCCGAUGAGAAUACCCUACCUUCAACCGGCUCGUGCCUGGGAUCAUGGCAGCAGAGCGCGGACUGUUUUGACACUUCCAUGUUUCAGAUUCUGAGCUUCCGGGGCGUGACGCUGAAUGUCAUGGAGGUUGCCUCGUGGAAUGCAGUUGGUAAGAUCGCGGGGAACUUGACUGAAAUCUCGAACAUGACCAGCACCUCCAACACGACGGGACUGGCAGCGACCGCGGUGUCCAACGUGACGUCCGAGCUGGCCCAGGUCGUCAUGUCCGACACUGGCGCCAGCAUCCACGGGCUGAUGUGGGGCCUGGUGAUCGCCGUCAGCCUUUUGGCCAUGGGCUGCCUGUUCUGCUCGAUCCGAUUUUGCGAGCAGUGGGUCACGAACCCGCCGCCCCGCGCCAGCGCCUCGAGGAAGGGCGGCGGCUCGCGGCCCGCCUCCGCCACGAGCCUCUGCUCCGAGUGGCCGCGGCAGCAGCCGCCUCCGGCCAGCGCCCGCUCCCACAGCUCGACGUUCUCGGUGCCGGCGAGCGCACGGAGGGUGCAAGCAGGCAAGGCGCUGUCUAUGAGGGUCAAGAGCAGCCGCAGCAGCGUCGCUUGGCCCGCGGGCGCGGACAACGCCUACGGCAGGCCAGAGGUGACGCCGCACAGCUCCCUGGGCAUGUACGCUGGCCCAGAGCCCGUCAGGCCGAAGGGGGGAGGCUCCCUCUUCACGGUGCAGGUGGAUGCCAUGGCGGAAGUGAACAUGACUGGGAAGGGCAGCUUCGUCAUGAAGGAUACAUUCAGCAGCUUGGCGCUGAGGGCAGCGUUGCCCCAGAACCCUGACGGUUCCCGAAAAGUCCAGGUGUUUCUCGACGAGAAAGCCACGGCCCCAUGCGCGAUCGUAGAAUCGCCACCGCCAGGGUCACAGGCCACUCCGAACAGCUUGGACAUACGCGGUGAUUCCAACAAGCACUUGGGAAAUUUGGCUCUGCAGAGCAAUGGGUCAUUCGUCGUGUGCGCCCACCCACAGCCGGAGCUCAUUAUCGAAGGCAACGAGGCGGACGUGGACCUGCACGUUUUCACGCGCGACCGAUGUCCUAAGGCAACGGUCUCGUGCAAGCAGAGUCACCCUGGUGGACCAGAGCAGGUCGUCGGAAGCAGGCAACCGUACACCACCGCUAGCCCCAGCCGGCCCAUGACUCGUGCAUACGCCCUCCUGGUCUAG